AUGCAAAUUUCAAUAAAGACUCUUCCUACCAAGUUCCAAAGUCUCAUCUCGAGAUUUAGGGAACCCAGGAUUGAAAGCAUCCAGCAAUUAUUCAGAGCCUCUUCACCUCUAGAUUGCAGUCACCCCACACAGUUCGAUUUACUCUAUUAUUCUAUGACGAAAUUGCUGCGUUAUAUGAUAAGUUGUUUAGUGACUGAAAUGACAGUACCAAGAAGAGCUCUUGCGUUGGCCUUCUUAGUGUACGUCUCCUCGUGCAGCGAGGGGCAGGUGGCCUUCCUCCACUUCAGUCGAGGCAAGCGCGACGUCACAGCUCCCCCUUGUGUCGUGGACGCGGUUCUGUGUCCUGCUGACGAAGGCGGAGGAGGCGCUGGUCCCGCGAAUCCUACGUUUCGGCAGUUCAUUCCUUCGGGUUACGACCAAUAUCAGUUCCCGACGUCUAGAGAUGGCGGUCCACUUCCAAUAUGGCUGAGUGCUAAGGUUCGAGAUAUACAGAAUAUUGACGAAGAAAAUAUGGACAUAACACUAGAGUGGUUCAUUCGCCUGUACUGGCGUGACGCAAGGCUCACCCCGCCGGUCCAUUUAUCGAAGGGAGAGUGGGAGAACAUAGCCCCUGAUAUUGCGAAGCAUGUGUGGCUGCCUACGACGUAUAUAGACCACGUGAAGGAGGUGACGAAGCCGUCCCUGCUCGUCGCUCCGGAGUCCUUCAGGAUGCAGAAUGACGGGCUGAUUCGCUACUCUAUCUCCGUUACCACUCGCGUCUCUUGCCCCAUGGACUUCUCUGCUUACCCGUUUGAUAACCAAGUUUGUUAUUUCAAAAUGGAAAGUUAUCAAUUUACGGCCAAGCAAGUGUCCUACAACUGGUUCGAUCCUAAGAUUGGUCGUUCGCCUCAGAUCCAGUCGGGUCAAUUUGACUUCGAUUUCUACAGUGUCCAACAGCAGAAUACUUCACACCAGAACCGUUCCUACCCAACAGUAAUGAUCGAACUAGUGCUGCGACGCCGGAUCGUGUACCAUCUCAUGAACACCUUCCUUCCCUCGGGUUUGUUUGUUAUGGUAUCCUGGCUAACCCUCCUCGUGCCUCACCACCAAAUGCCUGCUCGAAUGGUGUUGACAAUCACCACACUUCUUACCCUGGUCUCCAUGUUUGCUGGCGUGAGACAGGAGACGCCCAAAGUGUCUUACGCAAAGGCCGUCGACCAGUGGAUGAUCAUGUGCGUUAUCUUCGUGUUCUGUGUCCUCUUCGAGUUCACCGUGGUCAUAUUCCUCCACGAAAGGGGCAAAAGGACGUCGAAAUCGUCUGCAACUCCGCAGUUAGUCCAAGAGCGUCGAAAUCUCUACAAUCCGACUAAUCGUGGGAGGAAUGCUGCGACUUCCUUCACCAACCAUGCUUCCUCCUUCCUGAGACACAAACCCGCAGCCAUCACGCCAGCUGAGUCGGACUCUGGAGGCCGGCCGCAGAGAGAGGGUCAGGAGGGAGCGAAGCCCGAAGCCCAAGAGACUGACAUGAACGUAUGGACACUGUGGGGAACCCGAGUCGAAGCCUGGAGCCCUGUUGCCUUCCCCAUCGCCUUCAUCAUCUUCAAUAUUUACUACUGGACAAAAUGGCUUAGCUUGAGAAAGUAGAUGCUUUUCUGUGUGGACAGUGUCAUUUCCACUGCUGACUCGUCUUGCUGAUGGUACCAUGCCUUUCCUAAUGUUUCUUUUUGUCAUUUAUUGUUUAGUACAAGAUAACAGUGUGUAAUAAAGUGACGGUAUACCAAUUCAGUAAGUAGUCCAGUGCAGGAUCAAACCGUAUAACAAGAAGUCGGACUCAUGAUAAACUCAAAUAAAAAGGACGCAUUUCAUGACAAAACCGUUAAGAAUCUAAAGUAACACCAUUUGAAUUAGUAUUCAAAUACUUUCCAACGAUCAGCACUCAUAUGCAAUUCAUAUUUGCCUUGAGAAGUAACAGGGAUAUUUACAGGAAUAUGAUAUUGACGUUACUUCACUUUUGACAUACAAAAAUGCAGUAAGCAGUUACAAAUGAGUAUAAAUAAUUGACAAACUGUAAAUAUAAGUGUAGUGGGUAUGGCUGUAAGGUAUGAAUGACACGGAAGGACAAAGUCACAGUCUUCGAAAAAAGAAACAGUGGAAUUAUUUAGAAAAAUCCCUAUGUUGAAUUCCAUUGUAUGAGGAGUGGCUAUGCGGUAAAUGCAAAUGAUUAGCAACGUAGAAAUAUGUGAUAACAGCUGAAUCAAAAUAAGAAUGUUUUCAGACUUAUUUAAUCUGAUUUAUGUGUAUGUGUGGAAAGAUUCCACCAUUUAAAAAUAUCUCCUGUGCCCUAUAUGUACAUGAUGUAAACCCCGAAAGAGGAUCUUUUUAACAU